GUUUCACGCCCAAACUUGAACUUCUUCUACGCCCGUCUCCAUAAACAAAAGAACCAUUCAGGUAUCUUCUGCCGAACAACGUCUUGCCGGUCGAAGUUUGUAGUAUUGUAGAGUGCAAACCUUUUCCCGACCACACGUUUCUCCAAACUUCUCAGAGCGGAUUUCUUGUUCUUGUUUUUCAUUCGCAAGAGAAUCUCUCUCUCUCUCUCUCUCUCUCCCUCCUCUUGUCUCCAACUGUAAGAAAGAGAUGGGGCGGACAAGCAAAGACCUUCUGCACUUGGAGCGCAAGAAUCCCUCUUCCUCACCACUGGAGUCCACACUUCUUGUUUGCAAAAAAAAAUUCGCUCGCUCAAACCCAGAAACUCCUCUCUGAUGGAAAGCCCAUCACCGCCCUCCUCCCAAAAGCCAAGUGUUGGGAAAAAUUCAAGACUUCCUAGGAGUGAUAUCAGAAGCAAAUGAGAGGCUUCAACUUGGUGCAAAGGUUUUGUUUUGAUCUCUUACCGGCCUCUAUUAUUUAGUUGAUUUCCGAUGAUUAUCCUUUAAUCCUAAGCCUUGCUUUCUUCUUCUUCUUUUUUUAUUUUUUAUUUUUUGGGCGGGGGGCUUCUAACUUGCGUUUAAUGUUUUUACUAAAAUGCAGGAAAAUUCUGAGAACUAUGAUAUUGAAGUGCUCACUGGAAAUGAAUCUGCAGUCAUUGAAAUGGAUUUGAUGCUUGGUGUUGCUGAUCUUCAUACCUCAGAGGCUGUUGCUGCUGCUAAAUCUGCAAUUGCUGGUUUUCAGCCUGUGAUUCCAUUGGCUUGUAGCAGUAGUGGAACAGAUUCAGAGGAUAGUAGUGAUGAUGAUAGUGAUGACAAUGGUGAUGAAAAUGGUGAAACGUGCUCUCCAGUGAAACUCAAAAAAUCAAUGCCUGGCCAAGAUAAUUGUUCAAGUGAGGAAGAUUUCAUUCGAUCAAAAAAAAGACCAACGAUUGUUGUGCUUCCUUGAGAACUUUAUGAUGAAAGAGGUUCCAAUUCAGAGUAAUUGUUGUGAGACUUGGUUUGUAUGAAAUAUAUAAUGAACUAUCAAAUUAUCACAACGGUUGCAACAAGAAUCCAAGAGUUUUAAGACAAUGCAUCUGGUAAAGAAAAGGGCACCAUGGAUUAUGUA